UUCUUCUUCUUGUUCUUCUUAUAACACUGUUACUGUCAGUGUCAGCCAUAUUUGAUCAUUUUUAAUCCUUAAUACUAGUACACCACCCACCUCUUUCCCCACCAUUAUCAUCGUCACUAUUAUUAAUCACUGCUACUUUUCUUCCGACAAAUGGCUGCGACAAACGACGGAGAGUCUCAUCAGACAGAACAAAACAUCAUGGCUUCACUGUCAAAAACCGUUUUUGUCACUGGAGCUGCCGGUUUCAUCGGUUCCUGGCUCGUCAUGAGACUCCUUGAACGUGGCUAUACCGUUCGAGCCACCGUGCGCGACCCUGCCAACAUGAAGAAGGUGAAGCAUCUGGUAGAAUUGCCAGGUGCUGACACGCACUUGACUCUGUGGAAGGCAGACCUUGCUCGAGAGGGAAGCUUCGACGAUGCCAUCAAUGGCUGCUCUGGAGUUUUCCACGUGGCGACCCCCUUGGAUUUCGAUUCCCGUGACCCUGAGAACGAAAUGAUAAAACCAACAAUAAAUGGUUUAUUGGACAUAAUGAAAGCAUGCCUGAGGACCAAGACAGUGAGAAGAUUGGUAUUCACAUCUUCGGCUGGAACUAUCGGCAUCACGGAGCACCACAAGCCUGCGAUCGAUGAGACUUGUUGGACCGACGUUGACUUCUGUCGUGGAGCCAAGAUGACUGGUUGGGUGUAUUUCGUUUCAAAGACACUGGCAGAGAAAGAGGCAUGGAAAUUUGCCAAAGAGCAUAACAUGGAUUUCAUCAGUGUAAUUCCUCCUCACGUGCUCGGCCCCUUUCUCAUCAACUCAAUGCCUCCUAGUUUUAUUACCUCUCUUUCUCCCAUCACUGGGAAUGAAGCCCACUAUUCAAUCCUGAAGAAAGGCCACUUUGUUCAUGUAGAUGAUCUCUGCAUGUGUCACAUAUUCUUGUAUGAGCAUCCUCAAGCACAAGGAAGAUACAUAUGCUCUUCCCAUCAGGCCACCAUUCAUGAAAUUGCCAACCUGCUUAAUCAAAAAUACCCACACUACAAUGUCCCCACCAAGUUUGAGAACAUUCCGAAGAACUUAGAGAUUGCACACUUCUCUACCAAGAAGAUAAAAGAUUUAGGGUUCCAGUUUAAAUAUAGCUUAGAGGACAUGUUCACUGAAGCUGUUGAUACUUGUAGAGAGAAAGGACUUCUACCCAAGUCUGCUGAAACCCCCUCUAAUGGCUCAGCUAAUUAAAAUUAUUAUAUUUACUAUUGGAUUGGCGUCUCUAUUUAUAAUUUUUGGGGCUUUUUGUUAAAACCUUGAUAUAUAUAAAAGGUUGUCAUGUAAUAUAUAUGUAGCCGAUAUAAUAGAAUAAGACUUGUUAUUAUUUGACAUGUGA